AUGGAUAUAGAAGAAUUCCGCAAAAGGGGUUAUGAAGCAGUUGACCGAAUUUGCAAAUAUUACAAAGAACUUGAUAAUUAUAAUGUUUUGCCAAAUGUUGAACCUGGAUACCUCAAGAAACUUCUUCCGGAAGAGGCACCCGAAGAACCUGAAUCAUUUGACGCGAUUCAGUCGGAUAUAGAAACAAAAAUAAUUCCUGGUGCUUGUACAGAAUUGGAAACCAUUGUACUUGAUUGGGUUGGAAAACUCAUCGGUUUAGAUAAAAGUUUUCUUAGUGAGGGUCACGGUGGUGGUGUAAUUCAAGCAAGUGCUAGUGAUGCUACAUUGGUUGUUUUGAUUGCGGCUAGACAACGUGUGAUUGAUAAAUAUAAAGCUGAAGGUUUAAAUGAUGAUCAACUAUAUAACAUAUCUAAUCGUCUUAUUGCAUAUGGUUCUACUCAGACUCAUUCAUGCUUGAAGAAGGCCACCAUUAUAGCUAACGUACGCUUUCAUGCACUUCCAACAGACGAAAAAUUCUCUUUAAGGGGAGAUACUGUUAAGCGUGCAAUUGAAAAGGAUAUAUCUCAAGGUUUAAUUCCAUGUUUCCUUAAUGGAACAAUAGGCACAACAGGUUCUGCUGCAGUUGAUCGUAUUUCAGAGUUAGCAGAUGCAAUUCAGGGCACAGAUGUGUGGUUACAUGUUGAUGCUGCUUAUGCUGGUUCUGCCUUUGUUUGUCCUGAAUAUCGACAUUAUCUUAAUGGUGUUGAUCGAUCAGAUUCAUUUAAUUUUAACAUGCACAAAUGGUUACUGACAAAUUUUGAUACUUCAUGCUUAUGGGUUAAAAGGCGAAAACUCCUUAUAAGUGCAUUGACCGUUACACCAGAGUUUUUAAAAAAUCCUGCCAGUGAAAGUGGAUUGGUUUUAGACUAUCGAGAUUGGCAGUUACCACUGGGUAGACGUUUUAGGGCAUUGAAAAUAUGGUUCGUAUUGAGAACUUAUGGAGCGAAAGUGGAGCAAGCAUUUUCACUUGUUUGUUUCCAUGUUAUUCCUAAUGAAAAAUCUCGUGAAACUUCAAAUGAACUCACUGAAAAAGUUUAUAAUCGUUUGAACGAAAUUCAAAAAAUUUAUUUAACACACACUAAAUUAAAUGAUCAAUUCGUUAUAAGAUUUGUCGUAGGAAGUCCAUGGACCGCUGAGGAACAUAUAGACAGGGCACUCGACCUUAUAGUAAAGACUACUAAGGAAGUUAUUGGAAUCAAAGAUGAAGAUG